AUGGCUACCAUCAGAGAGACCAGGGUGCAGCCACAUGGCAAUAAGCAGGAUGAGAUAGUUCAACUUGCAGACCUGGAUGCAAUUGAGCCUAAGCUCUACGUGCAUAUGAUAGAGGUCUUUUCCCUGAGGCCCGACGCAGAUAAGCAACAAAUCCUCGACAAUUUGACCCAAGGUCUCUCCCGGACCCUCGCUGAGUACCCAAUCCUGGUAUCUUCGCUACACUUCGACAAUGAAGCCAAGAGAAUUGUUGUGAAGCGAACGCCAACCUCCUCGGUGGCCUUGGAUAUCAAAGAGCCUGGGCCGGAUGGCAAGAUCGACAUUGAGUCGUUUGCGACCCUUGAAAAACAUGACUUUCCCGUCCACCUCCUUGAUGCAAGUAAGGUGCUCCCAUCCGCGGUGGUUGGGAAGUUUCCCGUUCCAGGUCAAGAUGUCUCGACGGACGGGCCAGCUGUCUGUGCCUUCCAAGUCACCUUCAUCGAGGGAGGUAUCAUCCUGGCACUGGCCAUCACCCACCAGGUCUCCGACGGGAUGGGCUGUGAGAACAUAAUGACAAGCUGGUCGCGCAACUCGUACGCCAUUUCCAAUGGUACGGCAAACGGCACCAUCAACACAGCCACUAUGCCGGACCGGACUAUUCUCAGCGCCAAUGGAAAGUCCGUCGCCUCGCCAGAUGAGUUGAACAAGCUCGGCGACAAGUUCCCUACAUAUAAGGCCCGCGAAGGGCCUCCAGCGCCACCACCAGCAGACUUCAAAAUGCCAGUAGUGAAGACAAGGAUAUGGCACGUCCCGAAGAGCAAGUUGAAGGAGCUCAAGGCGCUUGCCAGCGCCCCAACGCCCAAUGGAAAGGACGGCGCAAGCUGGGUGUCGACGUACGACGCACUCCUCGCAAUCCUCUGGCGCGCAAUCGUCCGUGCCAAAGGGCCGCUCGUUAAACCCGACCCGUCAGCGCCGUCCAAGGCGAUCCACGCCGUCAACGCGCGAGGGCGCACCGAGCCCGCCAUACCCGACAGCUACAUCGGUGUCGCCGUCACGCUGCCGCAGUCCCCCGAGCUGACCGUCGCCGACGUCCUCUCGUCCGACCUGGGCUCAGCGCUGCCCAUCCUCGCCCGUACCGUGCGCGCCGCGACGAACCAGGUGACGCCGUCGUACGUGUCCGACCUGAUCAGGUGGGCGGGCUCGAGCCCUGACCUGCGGUGGGUCGAGCUGGACAUGCACUGGGUGCUGGGGCUGGACUGCAUGGCCUUCGACUGGCACACCAUGAAGUCGUACGAGGUGCACGACUUCGGCUUCGGGACGCCCGCGGCGCUGAGGUGGCCGCACCCGCAGUUUGAGGGCUUCUUCUUUGUGUUGCCGACGAGGACGGCCAAGGGCAAUCCGGAUGAGGGCCUGGAGAUCAUUCUCGGGCUGGAGGAGAGCUGCUACCCGAGGCUUCAGACGGACCAGGAGUUCUUGCGAUUUGCCGAGGAGAGGGGCAAGGAUGUCUGA